AUGGCCCACAGCCAGUCUCGGAAGCGAUCGCGAAGCAGGAGCAAAAGCAAUUCUCGGAGCAGACAGGAGAGGAAGGAGAAGAAAAGGAGGAAAAGCAGCAAGGACUCACACCGGGGCAGCAGCUCUCCUCCGAAGAAGCGGACCUCUGGGUCUCACAGACACAAGUCGAGCUCAGCGACAGCUAGGGAAGAAAAGAAGAAGGCAGGAAAGGACAAAAAGAAGAGGAAGGCAAGUACCUCUUCCUCUGAGACAGCUUCUUCAUCCACCAGCUCUUCCUCGUCUUCCUCUUCCUCCAGCUCCUCUUCUGAUGACUCCAGCGACAGUGACUCCAAAACGAAGAAGAGUCGACACGGCAAAAAAAAGCGAGCAAAACAGAAAGACAAAAAGAAGAAGAAGAAGAGAAUAAAGAAGAAAUCAAAAAAGAAGUCAAAGGAGAGGGCUAAGGAGGAGAAAGCCAAGGGAGACAUGGUGCCUGGCCCCUCGCUGGAGCAGUGGCAGAAGGAGUCGCUGGUGGACUCCGGACCAGUUUUGACAGACGAACAAAAAUCCCGAAUCCAGGCUAUGAAGCCAAUGACAAAGGAAGAAUGGGACGCGAGGCAGAGUGUCAUAAGGAGAGUCGUGGAUCCCGAAACGGGGAGAACCAGGCUUAUUAAGGGAGACGGAGAAGUACUAGAAGAAAUCGUCAGCAAGGAGAGACACAAGGAGAUUAACAAGCAAGCCACCCGGGGGGACGGGCUGGCCUUCCAGGUGAGGACGGGGAUGCUGCAGUGA